UACAAUCAUCGAGGAAGACCGUAUGACCUGCGCAUGCGUAAUCGGUGGUCUCGCGCUCAAAUCAAGAUGGCGGAUCUACUAGGUUCAAUAUUAAAUUCGAUGGAAAAACCUCCAACUGUCGGCGACCAGGAAAGCCGGCGAAAGGCUCGAGAGCAAGCAGCGAGGCUCAAGAAGAUGGAAGAAGAUGAGAAAAAGAAGAAAGCGGAGUUCAGAAAAAAGAUGGAAAAAGAAGUGUCAGAGUUCAUUCAAGACAGUGCGCAACAGAAGCGAAAAUAUAAUCCCAUGGGCAAGAUUGAGAGAAGUAUAUUGCACGAUGUCGCUGAAGUGGCUGGUUUGACUUCUUUUUCUUUCGGGGAGGAUGAAGAGAGCCGUUACGUCAUGUUGUUCAAGAAGGAGUUUGCGCCAUCAGAUGAGGAACUGGAGGCUUAUCGUAAAGGAGAGGAGUGGGAUCCUCAGUUGGCGGAGCAGCGGCGCAGGCUAAAAGAGCAAGCAGCUCUGGAAGAAGCGGCAUCCCAGCAGAGCAGCAAGUUGGAAGUGUGUCCGAAUUCCAAUUACAGAGACAAGUACAGCCACCUGAUAGGCACAUCUGCAGCCAAAGAUGCGGCGCACACUCUUGAAGCUAACCAGGCGUAUGGAUGUGUGCCGGUGGCCAAUAAGAGGGACACUCGCUCCAUAGAGGAAGCCAUGAAUGCAAUUCGUGCAAAGAAGCGGCAGAAGUUAGAAGACGAUACUGGCGCGCACGGCAGCGCUUCUUGAGUUGCAGUCUUUGCGGACCUCGCAUGCGGAUGUGCAAAGUGGUCCCGACUAGAAAUGCAAUAUUCUGUACUUCAGAGACUUUACAUAUGGCAGGUGAACACUCUACUGAGAUCCUGAUUGUACAGCAGAUACUCAGGAUUUCUGAGUUCUUAACGUUGUGUCAGAUAAUAACUUCUCGGGCAUCAGUCAGCCGUUACCAGUAUAAGGAAUACGCUUGCGUUAAAAUAGGACGCUACAAGUGUUAUCUAAAAUCAUUGAUAGGGUAUUUUAAUGCACAUUCAUAGUAUUUGUAUUGAUGGUGUAUCAAGUUAUACUGGCAUUUUUUUUAAAAGGACAUACUUAUGUAUAUCCCCCCACCCCAUUAUUUUUUAAACUAAGAAAGCACCUUCAAAGACUUUAAACAAACUCAUAUCUCUUUCUUAGAAUACAAAAGUAUACAUCUGAAGCUUUAUGGAUUUUUUCCCCCCUUGUCUGAACAACUGCAACGUCUUGUCAAUGCAUACACUUGAGAUGGAGAUGAUUUUAUGUCCUUUUUUUGUUAGUGGGGGGGUUCUUUUUAGACAUCUCUGAGUGUAUUUAAAAAUGUUUAUUAAAUGAUGAGAACAGUAAAAAUAACAACAAAAAAAUAUUUGUGUAUU